AAAUCAGUGACAUAGCCUGUUCUCAACGGAGCUAACGUUAAUACGUUUGCGUAACACGUAGCCACCUCGCUGAGGUGCUGAGCAAUAGCUUCAAAAAGCAAAUUUGAAAUUGUAUCUCGAGAUAUGUCAUGGGUAGCGUUGUAGCGCAGAAGAACAACCUGUCUUUCUAGAGCAAACAGAUUUUGUUCGUGUUUGCGGAAUAACUCUCAGGAUUUAAUCCACGGGUCUUUGUGGUGACACAUCAGGGAUUGAAACAGCAUCGAUAAUGAGGCUGGCAGGUCCUCUGCGUGCUGCUGUGGUCCUGCUGCUGCUGGGACUCACCUGGUUGUUAGCCAGCACUAUCCUGAAAGGAGACGGCACCUCUUUACUGGCCCGCUUCUUCUUCCGAGGAGGAAGCGAGGAGCCAACAGCAGAGCCCAAACCUCACAAGUACAAAUGUGGCCUCUCGGCGCCCUGUCCGCAGAAGCACCUGGCCUUCCGCCUCGUCUCCGGAGCCGCCAACGUCAUCGGCCCCAAGAUCUGUCUGGAGGACAAAAUCCUCGUGAGCAGUGUGAAGAACAACGUUGGCAGAGGGCUGAACAUCGCGUUAGUAAACGGCGUAUCAGGAGAGUUGCUGGAAAUUAAAUCGUUUGACAUGUGGGCUGGAGAUGUUGCAGACCUGCUGAAGUUCCUCCGGCCGCUCCACGAGGGAACGCUGGUCUUUGUGGCCUCUUUCGAUGAUCCUGCCACUAAGUUGAAUGACGAAGCGCGUGCUCUCUUCGGGGAGCUGGGCAGCACUGCAGUGAAGGAGCUGGGGUUCAGGGACAGCUGGGUGUUUGUGGGAGCCAAAGGCAUUGAGAACAAAAGCCCGUUCGAGCAGAGGAUGAAGAACAGUAAGAGCACCAAUAAGUACGAGGGCUGGCCCGAGUCUCUGGAGAUGGACGGCUGCAUUCCCCUCCGAGCAGCUCAGGACAGCUAGCCUCCUCCGGGGAUGGGCAGACGCACGGAUAGACCGAUUAGGAACUGCCUUGACGACCAACAGUUUUGGCAAGGUCCAUCUUUGAAGAUCACUUCUCCCUGGGGGGGACCUGCUUUUGCCGAAAUGCACAAGCAACGGUGGGGAACCUUUUUAAAAACGAGGAGAAAAAAAAAAGACUUUUUGGUUAAACACUUCCAUUCAAGUUAUAUAUAUAUAUAUAUAAAUGGGUUGGGGGGGGGUUCAUAGGCUCUGGCUGUACUGUACAGAAUAUAGGUUACUGUGUGCAUAUACUGGUGUGAGGGAGAGCAUCACUCACAUUCUGGGCUGGGCUGAACAUUUGAGGAAAUACUGCCGCAGCGGUGGGGGUGGGGUGGGGGGGGGGGUAAUUGCGGUAAUGGCGGUAAUGGCAAUCGCAGGGAUCGGUAACGCUCGUUAGCUGAAGACCCUAAUGAAGCCGUAAUGAAGGACGCACAGGUGGAGAGGCUUUGGCAUGUACAUCAAAGGUGUUUCGCCCUCAAAUGUACUGAUGCCCCUGUGCCCGGCUCCCCCUGAUCUGAACUGUGCUGAAUGGCACAGGGGAGGGUUUCCCCUGCACACAGGCUGUUCUGCUCAGGGCAGCGGGAGUGCAGUGUGGUAGCGGGUCAGUUUAACUCAUGGCCUGUGAACAGGUGGCUGGUCGGAAUACCUCAUGGAUCAGUGCUGUUAGCUAAGCUACUUAACCCCAAUUGCUUCAGUCAAAAAAUCUGCUUGGUAAAUGGAUAGAUGAUAUUUAAAGUGUAAGUUUAGCAAACUAAGCUCCACAAAAAGGGCGCCUAGCACACGCAUAAAUGGCAAUAAGAGAUCUGAAGGACUGGAUUGAAGCAAGCAAACUUGAAUAAUUUCCAAUGAAGAGAUUUUGAAGGAAGAUCGAGUCAAAGUGCAUUAAAAGGGGCCCGACUGCUCCUAUCCCAACUUGCCUUAUCCGUUGUUAUCCAUUUUAAUUGUUACGGAACACAUCGGUUUGCAGAUAUGGAGGGCUCUAUUUUUGCAAUUUUUUACACAGUUUAGCAGUUUUUGUUUUAAGGUUUCUUUGCAAAAACCACCACCAUCAAACGACAAACCCCACACAGACUUCCCCCUCCUGACAGUCACUGACAUGCAUAAUAAUAAAAAUCAUAAUAGACGCACACUUGUUCUGGUACAUUCCGUAUCAUCGCUGCGUAUUUAUCACAAUGAAACCCAGGGUUUUAUUUCUGUUUCUGUUAAAAAGUUUGCUGUUUUGUCUUGUUGAAUGUUUUUUUAAAUUUGUUAUUGGUGUGGUAAAUGUGCGAUUGCGCUUUUAAAAAAAUCUUUUACAUUGUCUGCGCAUCUUUGAAGUUUGUCUGGAUUUCAGCAUGGCAAUAAUGAAGGAAAUGAGAAGGGUAUAGGAUGUUAUUUUUGAAGCGUUUCUACAGAACAGCAGGUGUAUUCUCUGAGACCACGGGGACUGGGGGACUCAUGAAUAGAACCCCCCCCAGUCUGAAUUCACCCGGUUGCAAUUCUUGAGGGGGGAUUUACACAUUGUUUUAAGGAGCAGCACCGUGAAAUAGCAAACCACACGUGUGCUGCUCCUCGUGGCCAUUGACAGGCAUAACAGAAUCUCACCCGUACGCGGCAAGGGGCAGCUGGACCAGUGUGGAGGUGGUGGUGGUGUUCCUGAGGGGGCGGAGCUGCGGGCUCUGGGAGGGGUCUGUUGAUCCUGUGCAUACAAUGGAAGGAUGGGAGCCCUUCCUGCCUUUGGGAGGAGCCCAAGAGCACAGAGGAAAGCCACAUGUUGAGCUGGACUUGUGAUCCGCCUUUUCCUCCUCCCGCAUAAGAUUGCGUUUUGAAGUUUGCAUGUGCAGCUGAAGGCAGUUGCCUCUGUGCUCUGGCAAGUGUGUACCUGAGUGCACCUUCAUAGUGCUGAGAGGAAGUGACAUCACAGGCUCUUCCUCACUGUCUCUUGCGGUGAUCCAAGACCACAGCUGCCUCCAGGUCAGUUUUACAGGGGAUAGCGGUGUUGUGAGGUCAGAACCAACUCUGGUCUCACCACCACCCCCUCCCUUACAGCAGUCUUCAUCUGCCUGUGGGGGGCGACACUGCGUCUCUAUGCACCUCCGAUACCUUGUCAUGUGUGACCAGCGUGUUAGCCUGUUUGAUACAGUGUUGUUGUUGUUUGACAAUCAGAAAUAGAUCCUACUGCUAAAGCUGUUGUAUGGUCCAGUUGAAAGGUUGCGUUGUCACAAGGAUUCACUCUAAUAAUAACUCUGAAAGAUGUCAGACAGCCAGUCUUCCUUUGCAGUUGUGCUCAUGUUCCUGGUUCCUUUGUCUCAUGCAAAGUCAUGCACUUAUUUUGCUGAAAUCAUCAUGAUGGUAGACUGGUGUUGGUGUUGUUUUAUUGUUAAUGUGCUCCAAAUAGUUAUUCCCCAAAUUCAGGAACUAGGACAUCAGCUGAUUGGUGGAAUUCCAGAGAAACGUUUACCUGCCCUUUUUACUGUGAAAUUAUUUAAAAUUGUAUGAUAACCAAUAAGAACUAUAUUAACACAUGCUUUGUAUUUGUUUUUUGAAUGAACCGUACCAAGAACAUUUGUCUGCUGCUACAAAUAAAGCAACUAAAUUGGUUGUUAGACCCUCAGACAGACUUGUAAAUAUGUUCACAAUUAACUUAUAAACUUGCUUUUUUAAAGAAAGGUACAGUUACAAAUUUCAACACAGGAGAAAGGAUUAGGUACAUCGCAAAUGCGCAUUUCAGUUUCCGGUGGCCUCAAUCACUUCCAUGCUUUGAUAACAAAUUAAAUUUUACAUGUGGGUACAAGAUAUUUCCUAAUAAAUUUUCACUUUCUGUACAAUA